CGAUUAUAGCCGGUUUCAGAGGGGAGCCACCCACUGAUGCAUGAACAUAAAGAGCCACCCCGGUGCCAGCAGUCGGCAGCGCUCGGAGAAGCACCAACAACCCAAACCAGGACCAGAGGAAGGUCGGCGUGUUCCGCACCAGACACGAUGGGAGGUGCGAUGGGACCUGUCCUACACUGGGUACAAGAUGUAGCCGCCGUGACUCUCCUCAAAGCCCGGCGGACUUUGUUUCAGGCUGCCAUCCUGUUAUGUGUCCUGGUGCUGCUGCUAUGGGUGUCCAUCUUCCUCUAUGGGAGCUUUUAUUACUCCUACAUGCCCACCGUGAGCUUCUCCACCCCUGUGCACUUCUACUACACCUCUGAUUGUGACGCCUCGGAGUCAGCACUUUGUUCAUUCCCCACGGCCAACAUCUCCUUCAUGAAGAAUGACAAGGACCAGGUGAUGGCUUACGGUCAGCCUUAUCGAAUAUCUCUGGAGCUGGAGAUGCCAGAGUCUCCGGUGAAUGAACAGCUGGGUAUGUUCAUGGUCAAGAUGUCUUCUUAUACCAAAGGUGGGAAGACUUUCUCAUCUGUGGGACGAUCUACAAUGCUGCAUUACCGCUCCACCCUCCUGCAGACACUCAGUACUUUCAUGUUCUCGCCUUUGCUUCUGACUGGGAUCUCGGAGCAGAAGCAGCUCAUCGAAGUUGAGCUCUCCUCAGACUACAAGACAAAUGCCUAUCGGCCCACCACUGGCGCCGUCAUUGAGAUCCAGUCCAGACGUGUGCAGAUCUACUCAUCUCAGCUCCGUAUCCAUGCCUACUUCACCGGCAUAAGAUAUGUCCUGUACAACUUCCCCCUGACGUCUGCAGUGAUCGGCGUGGCUACCAACUUUGCCUUCCUCAGCGUCAUCGUGCUGUUCAGCUACCUGCAGUUCAUAUGGGGUGGGCUUUGGCCUCCAGAUCAAGUCAGAGUCAGGGUCAUGAUGGGAGACAACACCCGCAUCCAGCAGAGGAGAGAGGAGGCUCGGAAGCGCAUGGAGAAAGAAAACUCCCAGAAGGAACUCAACGAUCCAAAAGUGAUUGGAUCUGUGAACGAGGCCGCUGAUCUCGAGGGAAAUGACACAGUAGCUGAGCCUGUGUCUGAGAAGCCUCCAAUAAUCCCAGAGGCCUCAGGGGCUGACGCUCUGGCUACCAAGGAAGAAGGGUCUCAUGACAAUACGGGGCCGGGGGAGACAGACAGCUCAGACGUGUUGGAUGGAUGCCAGCUGCCUCAGCCGAGUGAGACAACACUCAGACAGAGACCUGGACCAUGGAUGAGCCUGUGAUCCAUGCCACUCCACACAAUGUCCCAUCACUCCUCACCAGAUAUUGAAUGUGAUCCGGCUGAUAUUAAGGGACUGAAACCUGCUGUUUGAGUUGCCCCUAAAGACAGAUGCAUGAUAAUCCAAUACUUGUGUUGUUUUAGCUAGCUAACCACAGCUUAUUGUCUUGUUGAGAACACUUUACCUCAUUGUAUCUUUGACCUUUGUUCACGUCUUUCUGCUUAUUGAAAACUACAGCACUCUUAUGUUUGUACUGAGGAGAUACUACAUUCCAGCUCUGGGUUGUUUUGCCAAUUGGAAUUUGGGAUUAGCAUCAACAAUUGAACACACCCUUUUAAAAAAACCUGCCCAUGUUUUACUCCUCCAGUGUUAUGUAAGGUGGUCAGACUGCAAUAUCUGAUGCACAUAAUCUGGCAACCCUCCCAUUGUAAUUCAGUUUAAACCUCUGUAUAGUUGACGUUUGAGUGUAGUUAAGUGACGUCUGAGUCUUAAGUUGGUUUUUGGAAGUUGAAAUACCAAGAAGUGUUACACACAAAAAAGCCUCAUGAUACUUUUUAUCUGAGGGGCUCUGUUCGAGUGAUUUGAUUUGGAAAAUGUGCUUCAAACAGUGUCUUUGUUUUAAAUAACUUCCUUGGGGGGAAAAAAAAAACUGUGCAAUGGGUCCAGCUUGAGAAGACAUGAGGCAUCUUUCAAAUAGAGAUGUUCUGUCUCAGGGUAAUGGGUUAAUUUAAUUAAGAUGUCAUAGCACAUUUAGUUAAAGCUUCGAUGCUUUCACAAAGUUGGCGUUCAUUCCAUCAGAUCUUCGUAUUCAGUGUACAGUGCAGUUUGCACUCUGCUGUUUAAUGUUGAAAAUUAUAUUUAUUGUGUUUCACUUACAACUAAGCACCGAUAUAUUUUAGUCUUUUAAGCUAUCUGGGUUUCAUUAAUGAAACAUGUUUAUAUUUAACAUCAGUUACUGUUUUGAAAGUGGUGCUGGUUGUUACAGCUGAUGAAGGUGAUGCAGGAAUUAUUGGUAAUUGGCUCCAUAUAUUUAACCUCAAGGGAGCUUUAAGCAAGUUUAUGAAAGGAUAUGUCCAUGUUGUGUUGAUGUAGGAUUUCGUACCAAAGAUAUUGUUACACUCAUAAUCUGUCAUCUUGGAUUUUGUCAUGCAGAAUAUGCUUGUAAUAUGCUUAAGUUGUAUGUAUGACCAUCAGUGUAUGUGUUAUCUAUGGUCUGAACAAAUUAAAGAAACAUACAGAGGUUCA